AUUUUGUAUGAAUUAUUAAAAUUCUCUUCCUUCUCCAGUCAACAAUAACAAUGCGGUUACUGUUAUUCAUAUUACUUAAUACAACCCUAUUAUCAACCAAUUACGUACAUGCACGUCCAUCGGUCUCGCACACGACACUUGCGUCGCAAUUCAAAUUUGCCGAAAAAGCCGAUAUUUUUGUGACGCACACGAAUAUCAAUGAGGAUCGAACACAGGACGAAAAAACGAUCAAGCUGUCUGGCACAUUCUCUCCGGUCGGAAGCAAUUAUGAAACAGGUGGAGACAUUGUGCAGGUCUCCUCGUUCCGAGCUUGCGACGCUCGUCGCAAAGGCCUCGACAACACGGUAUUCGAGCACGUACCCGUUGUGUUUUACGAUGACGUCGAAAAGUUCCUCACCGGAUGUGUGGCGCUUGACAAUCAGGCAAGGUUCGCCGAAAAGUCUGGCGCAAUGGCUCUUAUUGUCGGACCCGCAUCACGUGUCGAAAGGACCACGAGGCCGAUGAUGAUCGGAGGAUCCAAAAUCCCUGUAAUCGUCCUAGACGAUGAACAAACCGAACGUCUACGAUCGGAGCUGAGAUCCGCAUCAGAACGCGGCGCUGUCACCAAGCUCCGAAUCUCGUUUAUCGACGAGAAGCCCACCAAAGUCUUGAAGCUUCAAGUUUUCCGACCAACUGUUCUUAACAUCACACUCCUUGGAUUACUCAUCAUUUUGAUCGUUUUUGUAUCGCUUCUAGUCGUUGUUAAAAUCAGAUGCCAGCCUACCAUGCAUCGAGAGCUCUGGCUACGGGCUCUCGCGAGAACUGCUUUGACGAAGAUGGAGAUUCGAAGCUUCCAAAAGGAAAAGAACGUUGAAGCCGGCCAGAAAAAGAAGACAAGCUCCACAUUUGCCCGAUUAAAACAACACAGAUCCUCCUCAUCUCGGCACUCGUCAUAUCUUGCCGUAUUCGGCUCUCUCACCUCGGUGGCUCAAUCAUCGUCACAUUCGGCACAAGAGAGAUGUGUGAUAUGCUUGGAAGAGUACGAAGAGGGUACUGAGCUUCGUGUCCUGUUCUGCGGUCACGAGUUCCAUCCGAAAUGUGUCGAUCCGUGGUUGCUGUCGAAACGGAGAUGUCCGUUGUGCCAAUUUGAUGUGGUUUAUAAGCAUUAUCCAAAGGUUGAUAGCCCCGAGAAAUUGUCUGGUCGCUCUGAUGACACCACUUCCCUCCUGCCACGAACAUCACCAUCAGAAGAUCUUCCAAGUGCCCCGAGCAGUCGAUCAACUCGUCUAACACGUCCCUACCGUACCACUCAUCACCUGAUACCCUCGUCAACUCGCCCAUCAUCUCAUCAACGUCCUUCACUCCAACCAACGGCUCCUAGAACCAGAAGUUGUCCUAGAAGACGGCAGUUGAGGUCUAGGAAUCAGAUUGAUUUUUCGAUUCGGAUAGGAGGCUACUCGUCCGACGUUUCCUCGUCGCAUGCCGAGCAAUCGCGCUCCUUCGAAAUCGAGCCCCGUACAUCGCAACAAUUAUAGAAAAUUAGCCAGAAUACUCUAUCAAAAAAUAUCAUAUCACACCUUUUCUUCUCCCAGUUUUUCUCUUUUUGUCGUGCCUUGCUCGUCAUCUCUCCAACCCCGAUCUCUGUAUUUUUCUCCACGUAUGACUGCGCCUUGUAGGCACGCAGGUAGGCAUUUUUGUGCCUACGUGGAUUAAUUGCCUAAAUUGUCUUAAAAUGCUUAGUGUUUUUCAGGUGUCAAACUUUCCUCCCCAUGUGUACCCAACGGGUCAAUCACAUUCUCUUCUUGCAUAUGAAUACAUUUUCAUUUUUCUGUUGUUUUUUAGUUUUUUUUUAGACUACCAUUUUUUUUUUAACUUUCUAGAAGUUUCUAGUAAUAAAUUUUUUAAAUUAUU